AUGUCUUCGGAAACGGAACAUAACAAUCAGAAUUCUAAUCCUGAGACAACUUCAAACGCGUUCAAUACUAUCCAAAGCGGUCGCAAGCUCAUUAUUAUCUUGCUGCUCCCGCUCAUAUUUGGUAUCCUCAUUGCUCUACUCUCCAACAGCGAAACCACCAACCUGUCCGCUUUUCGGCGUCUUUUCGGAUCUUCGACAGCUGCUCGUUCAGCUGCAGGUCCUCUAUCCGCUUCUGCUUCUCUUGCGGCUGUUACCAGCGCAGCUGCUUUGAAAGGAAAGACAUCGUCUAUCGAAAAUACGACUUCGUUCAAAAUGAAGACUCCCAUUUACUUUUUGAGUCAUGGUGGGCCUAGCGUCAUGUAUGACCAGGACCAUCCAGCAUACCGCAAAUUAGGCCAGAUCGGCCGCGAGAUCACAACCAAGGUGAAGCCUCGUGCUGUCGUAGUGUUCUCCGCUCAUUGGCAGGGUGGCAAGGAUACUAUCCAUGUGAACACAGCCGAAACGACGGAUUUGAUCUAUGACUUCUAUGGAUUUCCGGAUCACUACUACAAAGAGAAGUAUCCAAAUGUGGGAAGCAAGGAAGUCUCGCAUAGGGUGCUUGACCUGUUGAAGGAAGCAGGCAUCGACGCUAAGGGUGUGAAGCGUGGAUUGGAUCAUGGAGUUUGGGCAAGUUUCAAGUGUGCCUUUGAACCAGAAGAGAACCCACUCAACGUCCCAAUCGUCCAGGUCUCCCUCUUUGAUACCGAAGACCCGGUCCAGCACUACCGUCUGGGAGAAGCGGUUUCGCGUCUCCGCGAGGAAAACAUCCUGAUUAUUGUGUCUGGUAUGUCGGUGCACAAUUUGCGUGAUAUGCGGUUUGCGUUUGGGAAGCCACAACCACUACCUUACACUGUCAGUUUCGACGAAGCGCUGAAGGAGGCCGUCACCACUGCACCGGAAGAGCGGGAAAAUGCUAUGACGGAAUUGUUGAAGAGGCCGGAUGCCAGACAGGCGCACCCGUCUUUUGAUCAUCUCCUGCCGAUUCAUGUUGGAGCGGGGGCUGCAGGUCAGGAUCUCGGGAAACGGCUUUGGACAUUCCCGGAGGGAAGUAUGAGCUGGGCGCAGUAUCGGUUUGGAGAGGUUGGAAAUGCUAGUUCUUCGCUGUAA